AUGUUUUCUCGCUCCGCGCUGACGCAGUGCAGUCCACGCGCAGCCCGCGAUGGGCUGCUCUCGACUCCCACGGUUUUUGCAGGGAGCGUAACCGGACCUAUCUUGUCCACUGCUCUUUCCUCCGCCUUCCAUUGUCGUCUGGCUUCUCCUUCGGCUCCUCGUCCUCAUCUCCCUUUCCUUCCAUCAUCUCUCCUCCCUUCUCCUCUUUCUCCCCCUUCUCCUUCUCCAGCCUCCUUGUCCAUGUCCACAGCCAUCUUGGCUCAGGAUAAUCGGGCUGCUCCGAGUCGAGCCAUUCUGCCUCCCGCGCCCCCGCUGCGACCGCACAGGUCGUCGCUCGACUGCGCGGCGACAAUGGCUCGCAGAGGAUCCGCCGCGAUCGCCUUUUCGGGCUGCCUGCUGCUGGCCUCGCUCUGGCACCUCCGCGGCAUGACGGGCUUUGUCGGCAGCACCGCCGCCCAGGCGGGCCGCAGACCGAUCGUGCAGGCCAACGCCGUCGACAAGGCGAUGAAGGAGCGCAUCGCGUCCGUUGCGAAGACGGGCAAGCUCACGGAGGCCAUGCGCCUCGUCGCCGCCGCCAAGGUGCGCCGCGCGCAAGCCGGCGUGGAGAAGGCCAGGCCGUUCAGCGACGAGCUGUCCUCCAUGAUCAAGGGCCUGGUCAAGAAGCUGAAGGGCAGCGGCCUGGAGUCGGAGCUGCCGAUGCUGCGCGUGCCCGAGAAGGUCAGCAACGUCGGCAUCGUUCUCAUCACCUCCGAUCGCGGCCUCUGCGGCGGCUACAACGCAAGGAUCAUGAAGAAGGCGGCUGCUCGCAUUGAGGACCUGAACAAGGAGGGCAUCGUGCCGAAGAUGAUCAUCGUCGGCAAAAAGGCUUUGUCUGGUCUGAACACCAAGCUGAAGGAGGUGAAGCUGAACUACACCGGGACUUUCAUCAGAAUGCCUGACUCCAUUACGUCUUCCGCGAUCGCUGAAAUUGGCGACGAGCUCAGGAACCUCUUCCUGUCGGGAGAGGUGGACAAGGUGGAGGUUAUCUACGCCAAGUUCAUUAACCUGCUGUUGAACGAACCUCAGGUCCGCACC